AUGGGAGAAGGAAUUCACGUAUCCCAGACCGGCUACAUUCGUGAUCUACUACGUCAACAUGGUGUGGAGGAGAAGCCGGGCAACUUGACAGUUCCGUGCACGCGUGAAUGGCUGCAAGACGAGGACUCGGAUGAAGAAGAAAAGACGGCGGAUGAAGGCCUUGUACGGUUGGCCCAAAAGGCUACAGGGGAGUUGCUGUGGUUGUCUACACGGUCGAGACCAGAGCUGGCCCAUCCGGUGGCAUGUAUGGCGUCAAGAUCUACAAGGAAUCCGGCCAAGACAUUGGAGAUAGCAAAACGAGUGAUGAACUACCUCGCCAGGACCGCGGAGUACGGCUUGCACUACGUGAUCGACUUUGAGGAGACUAUGCUCACGGUGUACUCGGAUGCAUCGUAUGCUCCAGGAGGAGGGCGCUCAUUUGGUUGCAUUAUGGCACAACUACAUGGCAUGCCAAUCUGCUGGAAGGCGUCAAAACAGCCGAUAGUAACGCUGUCGGUGGCAGAAGCAGAGCUAUAUGAAGCGGUGUCGGCUGUUCAGUUGGGCCUGGGGGUAGGGGCGAUGCUUAGCGAGUUGGGCGAGAAGCCGGUUAUCCACUUGAAGAUCGACAAUGCAGCUGCUCAAGGGCUUGCGUCAGAGGCACCGGGAAGCUGGAAGACACGUCACUUGCGUCUAAGGGCUAGGUUCUUGAGACAAGAGGUGGCUGGCCAAAGACUGACAAUGAGUCACGUGCCAGGAAGUUUGCAAAAAGCAGACCUGGGUACAAAGAGCUUCGAUGUCCCAAAGUUCAAGUCGCUGUUGGAGCUAUGGAAGAUUGUUCCUUUUGGGCAUGACGUCUUGAAGAACACAGGAGCGCGAGCCGAGUUGAAGGAUGACCUUCCCCUGGACACCUCCUUCGAGUUGUACUUCGUUGUGCUCAUAAGUGGAGAGAGAGCCGAAAAUGCAGUGAUGAGCGAACUACGUAAGCGCGUGAAAGAGGCAGACUACUACUUUGACGAGAUCUACGGCAACACAGACUGA